AACAAAACGUAGGGGUUUGCAACUGUGUAUAUAGGGCUGUGGAGAGGGGAGGGCGCGUGGAGUUACCGGGGGUGUCAGUCACGGCCCAUCUACCCACCAACGAGCACAUCCAUGGCCAUAUCUCGAUAGCUGCUUCAGUUAGCCAGAGCCACACACUGAAAAAGAGGGAUGUUACCGCGACUCGUGUAGUAAUCCAAGUAUAAAAACACACCUUGGUGAACAAAGUAAAUAAAACAAAUAUUAAUUCGUUAAUACGUAUACAGAAUUAUAUUCGCACUCAUAUGUAUGUGUAUAUAAAUAUUUAUUUGUAUAAAUAUUAUAUAUAUUCAUGUAUGUAAACGAAGAUCAAACAUGGUAAACAGGGAAACGUGAAUACAGGGAUCGCAAAAGAAACGCACACAAAUAAACAAACAAAAACGGAGGAAAAAAUAGAAAGAAAUCAAAGAAAGAAAACGUGAAAAAAAGCAACAGUGACCAAUGUUCGUAGUGAACGACGCAACGGCUAACAAGAAGAAGAAGCAGCAACAAAAGCACCAACCUGACAAAAGUAAUCCCGACGUUUCGAUAACAGGCCACGACAGUUGUACUCAUAAUCGCGGUUAUUCGAUAUCAAAAUUAAUUAAAAUCAAAGUCAUUCGUCAAUUCCAACGUAAAAAGCUCACUAAAAAUACCGCAAAUAUUCCUAGUCGAUGUGGCCGUAUAAUCCGACGAUUAAUCGAUAGUGUUCAAUUAAACGAUCAAUUGUUUCAUUCGUAAUCGUCAGAGUUAUACAAAUUAUUGUAUACUCAAUAACAACAAUAAUUAUUACUAUUACAAAUGAAUAAUUAUAAGAAAUACUGAAUAAUAAUAAUAAUCAGAUUAGUUUUUUUCCGGGUAAAUUAGAACAGUGAUACUAGAAAAUAUCGUAUUGCUGCGUUAUAAAAGUUGUUUACCGAUAACAUUGAAACGGCGAAAUAAAAGUUGGCCGAAAAAUUUCAAAAAAAUUGAAUUUCGCGGAGCAAUAAUAAGGGGAAAAGUCGCGAGUACGAAUCGACAAUCGCGUGUAAGUUGAUUUUUUUCGAUACGGAAGUGCUUCGAUAAAAAAUUCACAUCGCGAUAAAUCAAAAUGGCUUUCGCGGCGGCUCGGAUGAUCCUCAAGGACAAAAGGCGUAAGGCGAGCAAAGAAGACUUCACACCACGAAACAGAAGCAAGGCUCGCAACAAACCUGCGGAUGGGGUCGGCCACGUCAACCAGAAAGGUGCGAGCGGCCAAAAAGCUCCGGUCGGAGGCCAGAAAGGUGCACCCGGUGCGAAAGGCGCUGCCAAACCGGCGCAAAAACCAUCUGCUCAGAAGGGUCAGGUCAAGGUGACGCCCAAAGCUGCCUCGGUCAAAACAGGCAAGAACAAGAAGAAGGGACAGAGACAACAGUACGAUCUUAUCGUCACGAUCAAUUUGUCUGAAUAUGGGCUCACGGAGGAUCAAGUUGCGGAGUUCAAAGAAGCUUUCAUGCUUUUCGACAAGGACGAGGAUGGGACGAUCACAAUGGCGGAACUCGGCGUGGUCAUGCGCUCGUUGGGCCAGAGACCAUCGGAGACGGAGCUACGAGACAUGGUGAACGAGGUCGAUCAGGACGGUAAUGGCACCAUCGAGUUCAACGAGUUUUUACAAAUGAUGUCGAAAAAGAUGAAAGGCGCCGACGGUGAGGACGAGCUACGCGAAGCUUUCAGAGUGUUCGAUAAAAACAACGACGGUUUGAUAUCGUCGAUGGAGUUGCGGCACGUCAUGACGAAUCUCGGCGAGAAAUUGUCCGAAGAGGAGGUCGACGAUAUGAUCAAAGAGGCUGAUUUGAAUGGCGACGGAAUGGUCAACUAUGAAGAAUUCGUGACAAUUCUCACAUCAAAGAAUUAGCUUGAGCGUCACGGAGGACCGAGAGUCAACGAUGCCAGGACAACGGGAGCAAAGACAGUUCGUGUCCUAACGAAACAGCUGCGAAGGGAUGAGAUAGCGUCAACGAGCGAGCGAGUGAGCCGAAAAGCCAAAGAUUAAAAAGUGAGACGUUGGACACGGGGGUUACGGGGGAUGCGACUACGAAUAGAAUAAAGAGGAAUGAGAGAAAAGCGAAGAAUCAAGAGAGUAUGAAACGUGUGUAUGUGCGUGUGCAGGGGAUUAAAAAAAUCAAGAGAGCUGUGAGUUGGUUGGGGGGAACGAGAGAAACCGAAAAAAAACUGGAUUCGGGGGAUGAAAAUGUUGAUGUGGAAUGGCGAGGAACCGGAAGUGAGGAGAGGCGAGGAGAGAAUUUCCCGAUCCGGUAAACCGUCGAGUUUACAGAAAGCACGUACUCGCGCGGUCUCGUUAAAAAAACGCCCGAGUGAAAAAAAGAAAAACACCAAAAAAAAAGAAGCAAGCUCCUCCCUCCUCGUUUAAUUUCCGACUUCUCUGUAACAGAGCCCUACUUUCUCGUGGUCCUCGAUACGAAGCAACGAGAAUAAUACAGUUUAUGUUAUUGUUGGUACAAAAAAUUUUUAAAAAUUUGAAAAAAAAAAAAAAAAAAAAUAGCGAGAUACACCUCGAGCUCAAGAACGUUGCUGAACCGGCAAAAGACCAAAUGAAGAGAUAAAAAAAAAAAAGCGAUAAAAAAAUGAGGCGCAACCAAAGAGAAACUUCAAAUACGUACUAAAAAAAUAAACAUAUAUUUAUAUUUAUAUCGUCUUUGUAUAAAUAUAUUUAUAUAUUUAUUUAUUUAUAUAUGUGGUCAAAUAUGACGAGGAAUAAUCCGUGUUUUGGCAACGCUCAACGAGCCUCGCGACUGUAAAAUGACUUCGCGACAAGAAAAGUAAAGAAAAUAGGAAAAAAAAGAAAAAAAAA